CAAAGCGACAGAAAAGCCAUAGAUAGAAGAUGUCGCAAUUGAAAAAGCGAGUUCACCUUUUCAACUGUGAUAAUACGUACAAACUAGAGCCUGUCGAGAAGUUGCUUGACCAAUUCCGCAUCCAUGUUGAGCAUGUAGAGAAGCACCCGUUCAGACUUUCUAAAAUGUCUGAAAUGGUAGACAAGAUUCCAACUUUAGAGAUGGAUAUGGCCUUUUUCGUGGUUCAUGCGCAUGAAUCUCGGCUCUCGAUCAACGAAGACAACGCGGGCAUUGGUUACGCCAAGAUAUACAGAGCUUUACUGCAAGCAACGGGAGGAGAUGUCAUCAUCGUUAUCGGGGGAGAUGACAACUACAAAGGUGACGACGAAGAGAACCGAGAGGUUAUUUCACGUUGGGCGAAGAGGAAAGUUUCCUCACAGUUCGGCGAAGAGUAUCUUGAUGGUAGAAAGAGCUUCAUAUUUUCUUGGAACAAACAACAUCGAGUGAUUCACGAACAAGCUCUGCGGCAUCAGUUUGACCCAAACAAGAAAGGACAAAAGUUCGAUUAUCAGCGGCAAUUUCCAAACCAAGAAUCAAAACCUAGACCUGAAUUGCGAGCAACAUUAACUGAGUUAGGAAUUCCGCAGAGACCAAAAACCCAAAAGUCCCCUACAUGCACACUCAAAAGUUCCUCGCGUCGCGAUGAAGCCACCUCAGCGGUAGAAGCGGUAAAAGGAAGGCAUACUGGUACUUACGGUAUUGGCGUCAACAGUACUGAAGUAAUUGUGCUGGAGAAACCCUGCCUUCGUGUCCAACGUAUUGACCGUUUGGAAACCGUACCUCGCAUAGUUAAGAAACUGUUAAAAUAUGUGGUCCGCUCCUUAGAUUUGGCAAUUCUUGGCUGUAAUGUGUCACGUGAGUCCUUAGAAGAUGCGAAAAAAGUUUUUAACAAACUUCGUCCCAGCCUUCACUUGUCAGAAGAACCUUUUGUUGACAACUUUCAAAGUACGAAAGUCGAAGUAUUUCUGAGGGACAAUCACUUCAUAUUCUCUGUGCUGGUCAUGGACGGUUCUACAACGAGUGAUUCUUAUGACAAACAAAGAUGGAUGGAAUGUCAACGACUUGUAGAAAAUAUAAAGGAUAAAGUUGCCCUGAGAGUCAUCCUCUUGAUUUGCUAUCGCAACCCUUUUAAUUCAUCCGUGAAAGGCGACAGUACAUACAACGAUUUCAUCGCACGAAUCAGCAGAAUAGAAAAGGCGUUUGUUGCGGAGGUGAACAAUGGAGAGCUGGCCGUCGAUGAAGAUAUCAUGGUCGAACUAUUGACGCCUUCAGUGACAGCAUCCAUAACAAAUAAACAGAUGGUCCGGUCAAGAGGCUCUCUAGAAAUGGAGGAAAACGCUGCACAUACGUCAAGAGAAGUGUCUCUAAAAAGAUAUUCUUCAGAAAGGAAAAGCAUCCAUGAAAAAGUCACUCAAAAUCCCCCGCAGCUGGUAUGGGCGUCACAAUUCUCAGUUAAAUCCCCUUCCGUUGUUUUACUGAGAGGUUUCGCUCGUUAUGGAAAGAUACCUGAUAGGUAUCAGAUAGGUGACCUUCAAAUAUGGGAUCCCGAAUUUAAAAUUCCCGCUCACAUACAAGAGAAGCUGCUUGGAAACCUCCGCGACACACCUUUGAUUGGAGUGCUGGUCAUUAAGCACAGUGAUGGCACAAUUGAGUGUUUCACUGAUCCAAACUUAAAAGAAUUAUCGUUGGACGGGGAAAUACAGCUUGCCGCCGAUGAACAACUGAUAUUGAAAACUCGUGUUUGCAAUGGAGAGGUGUCUUUUGAAGACGUUGCUGUACAGUUUAAGUAUGGAAACAAGUGUAUUCCGCAACACAUAAUCAGUGGUUUCAAAGCUCAGGAUAAAAAGCCGAGUGGUGACCUGUACAUUAUUUCAGAUAACUCAGGCAAUUUUCGAUGUGUAGUGAUAAGUCCAAAUAAUUUUAAAAAAGUAGCAAGAACGGCAAAGGAAGAUUUUCAACCACUGUUGACGAAUAAAUGGUAUAGAAUUGUUUAGAUAUUUUUCUGUUUUUGAGGGGGAACAAAAGUAGACUAAAAGUUGAAUUGCUCGUUCGCCUCAAGACAUAGCUUUAGGUGUCAGCAAUCAAUCUGAUUUGUUUGUAGUGAGAUUGAUGUUUGAAUUAGAUGUAACGUUAUGUGACAUUGAAUCGGUCGAUGUUUUCGAAGUUCUAUGCUUUUUAAUUCAUUUUCCUUCCAAAAUGGUUAUCAAAUUCAAUCAGCCUUUUUGGAUGAAAAUUGCACAUAAAUGUUUUCAAGGCAUUCUGCUUUGCGUACAGAAUUGUUUGUAUAUAAGUAGACGUGCCUAUGAAUCAUGCGGGUAGUUUCGACUUCCUCAACAAGUACUUGCCGUUUCGUAAAUGGUUACCCAAGGUUUUUUAAGAAUAGUGUUUUUAAAAAGUUAUAAACUAUUUCAGGGACACAGGGUACCAAAACCUCCCGGCUUUUUGAUUAAUUGAUUACCGAAAAAAAAAGCUGUCGCAGUAGUUAUGUGAUCUAACCGCUGAGCAGCGCCAUCGCUACAAAAUGGAAUGUUUAGAAACAGAAAGCAAAAUUUUAAGGUGCUGCUGAUGAUUUGUUAAUAAUCAAGACCUUCUUUAGUUGGUGAUCAUUUCCUUUAUCCGUGUGACCUAAAUGUUUGAUUAAGAGGUGAUAUUGUAGGGGGUAAUUAGAUACUAAUCACUCUUAGGGGUUACAGGGUAAGGAAAAUCCUGUAUAAAACUUUCAGGGCAGUAGAUAGAAAUGUAAAUGUAAAGGCUGAAAUAAAAUGUAAGGUGAGCCUCUGGUCAAUGCUUCGAAAAAAAAAAUCUUAUUUUGUGUUGUGGUAAAAGAAGAGAUAAUGACCAAGUGAUUAUCACAGUUACAACUACCAGAUGUAAAUUGAGGAAUAUUCUGUUUGAUAUGUCCCAUGAGAACAAGUUCAUUUUUCCUCAUAAAAUUUUGAAGUAUGUAGAAUAGGCCAGUUUUGACAAGGUUUGGAAAGUGGAAGAAAGGACUGAAAGUGCAACAUGAGCAGAUAAGACAGUCAUAACAAAAUGGUAAGUAUUGAUACCUUGUGUAUGAAAAAGCCAUGAGAUUGCAAUAAAGACAUCAUACAUCAAGCGCCUGCUACAAAAUAUUUAGA